AUGGCUUUGCCAAAACGCAUCAUCAAAGAGACCGAACGGUUGAUGGCCGAGCCUGUCCCUGGCAUAAACGCUGUUCCUCACGAUGAUAACCUGCGAUACUUCGAUGUCUCGAUCCACGGCCCGGCCCAGUCACCCUAUGAAGGUGGCAUCUUCCGUCUUGAGCUAUUCCUUCCCGACGACUACCCCAUGACUCCUCCCAAAAUCCGCUUCCUGACCAAAAUCUACCAUCCCAACAUUGACCGUCUUGGCCGUAUCUGUCUUGAUGUCUUGAAGAACAACUGGUCCCCCGCCCUGCAGAUCCGUACCAUCCUUCUCUCUAUCCAGGCCCUCCUCGGUGCGCCAAACCCUGACGAUCCGCUUGCCAACGAUGUUGCUGAGCGAUGGAAGGAAGACGAACCUGCAGCUAUCCAGACAGCGAAAGAGUGGACCCGGACACAUGCUAUGACCUAA